AUGUACCCUGCUAUCAUUCCCCGUGCUUGGGAGGAUGAUGGGAUCAGUGAUCCCCCGUCCUCCCGCUCUUCAAAUGAUCCUCCAGACCAUUUUGUCCACAAUCGCUCGAGGUCAACCCAGGCUGCCAGUAAUCCGAAGCGCAUCUCCGUUUUCGGUGGCAGAUCAAGAAGUAACACUACCACUUCAUUUUCCAAUUCUUCACGUCGUUCACAGACAUUCCCGACGUCUGGAGAAGACUCAACCCAGGAUGAAAGAGCUAUUUCGUCACUAGGUAUGCGGUCUGAGAAGUCGGACCGUUCAAGAUCAUUCCUCUCCCGCGGUAGUCGCAUUCUCCGACGUCAGGGUAGCAAGAUCAAUAUCGUUGCUACAUUAGACGAAGAAGAGGAGCUCGAGCGUGAAAAGGAAAAAGAAAAAGAAAAGCCCCGGUCUGAAUCGAUCUUUAGCCGUCGGGAGCGACAAGUCGAUAAUAAUCGCUUGAAGAAUCUCAUUUCUGAUCCUUUUGACUUUCAUCAUCUCACCCAUACCAGCCCUUCACAUUUCGAAUCCUUGAAUCAGGCUCGCGAGACCGACCUCGUCACCGAAUUCUCGGUCAUUAGAGCGUCCCAACGGCCAGCCACAGACCUUAAAGGCAUUCGUGCUGAUGAUAUCAAUUUUACCAACUAUUCCGCUGGGAAUUUUGCCACGGCAAUCACCGCUGCCGGGCCCACCCCCAAAGUGGAGGAUGAGGCAGUCAGUCCAAAGAGUCACCCGCGUCGUGCACAGAGGGAAUCUCGCAUAUAUGAGAACUUCUCACGUCCAGUGCCCAGGUACCCCCGAUCCAAUUCUAUUCCAUGCGUACAAGAAGCGCCUGCAGAGAAUGAAUUUGCAGAACCCGCUCCACGUGCUAUUGAUGAGAUCUUGGGCCUGGCCACGACGAAAACUUACCCUGAAGAUAUUGAAGCAACACAUCCUUCAGCACUUCAAUUCAGUCGGACCCCAUCCAUGAACAGCCACUAUGAACUGGAAGAUGUUCCCGAAGAGGACGAAGCCAUUCGCUACUGUCACCAACCCAUCAUUUCUCACGUCCCUACACGGAUUCCCAUGCAUGCCAAGCAGCUUUCGACUGGCUCUCACCUGUCUUCCAAGUCCCCGCUGUCUGUCUUCGUGGCCAAGCAGCUGUCAAGGCAGUUCUCCGAGGUCUUAGGCUCACCCACUCUUCCCCAGAAUUUGCAAUUGCCACAAAAGUCACCCAACGUGACCUCCCCGCUCUCCCAAUUCUCAUAUGAAGACGAGAUGUGUGACUCCUGGGACGCUGACAUUGACUUCUGCUAUGAGAACGCAGCCGAGUCCACCUCAGAUUUCGACUGGUCGUCCACUCCUCGGCGCGAGGCGCAGCGUUCGCAAAUCGGCAUGGCAUGCACUGACAAUGAGUGGCUGUCUGCACCAAAGUACCGUCAUCUGCAGCCUAGCCCUCUCAGCACCUCUACCCUACCGACUCCAGAUCUGGAAAGCAGUCCAUCACUGUCAACCGCUUCCCAUUCAGCUUCCACUCCUUCCAUGGAGUAUCAACAACACUUGAAUUAUUUCCAGCCCGUGCCAUCUGUUCUGAGUAAACAGAUUCUCCAAGAAAACCUAUACGACGAGUACAUAGGUACAGAUGCAGAGUCUGAUCGUCAUUUUCCUUUCCCUCCAGGUGUGAUCACCUCCGAGAACCACAUCUCCCCACGCUGCAGUUUCUCCCCCAUCAGCAAGUGUAACUCCCAGGAGAGCUUGAUGCUCUCCCGCGCAGCUUCGGUCGUCCGUAAGCAUCGCUCCUCCGUAUCAACCACAAGUGUGCCAGAGCUGGUCCACAGUUUACACAGCUUGUCGAGUAGCCGGGAGUUGAUGCCAACUGACCGGAUCAGUGCUGGGGAAGCCCUGGUGGCUGGAGCUGGAGCAAACAUCGUUCGCCCAUCUUCCUCCUCUCAGCACCGCCAGACUAAGAGUCUUGAGACACACUUGCUGCUCCGUGAAGGCAGCAACUCCAGCCUUGGAGACUCUGCUAACCCCACCCCUUCACUCCGUGAUCGUUCCAAGUCUAUCUCGGAAAUGCAGAUCAAGGGUGACGGACCCCUCCUGCCCCCUCCUCCUAAGAACCCCAACCGAAAGAAGACCCGGGCAACUUCCUACUCUCUGUUCCCAUCAGCCCACUGA